AUGGCACAUAGGUUUUCGGCGCACGAGGCUGCCCAACAAGGCGGGAAAUCCUUCUACGCGGGUGUCGUACGGCUUCGGUUUGAAUCGUUUGCAGCUUCUCCAAAAUAUUUGGCACGGGAAUUAAGCAUUAAAAAUAUCGAGAGAUUAAAGACGAUCUUUCGAACAGAUGGUGUACUUUCUAGGGAAAACCCUCUCAAUCGUAUCCCCAUCUUACUCACUGCAACGGCUUUGACAUCUGCACUCGAGAAAGCGGGCAUUGGGAAGGAUGACAUUAACGGCGAUCCUCCGUAUCAUCAACUCCCCAUGCCCAAGGGGUCGGUCCAGUAUCUUCAUGGUCAUCAUCGCCUGAUGGCCGCCAAAGACAUCAUCCCACAAAUGGAUCGUUGGUGGGGAGUUGACAUCUAUAUUGAAGAGUUUGCUUCGGACGAAGAUUUAUACUAUCUACAGCACCAAUAUGCCAAUUCGGCCAAUAUCACUGAUGGGGAGAUAUUUCGAAAUAUACGUUUGAGUUCCAGAGAAAACGAUCUAUUUAAACAACAAUUCUGGUGGUCAAGGCUUAGUCGCUCGAAAUCCCGGGACUUAAAACAGCUUUUGCGCAGUGCGAGAUUCCGUGUCGGCUUCGACAAACUGCUGGACAUACCUGGGUUGUGGCCUGCGGUGCAGCUUGGUGCUUUGCACAAACUCCUCCCGCUGAAAUGUGACGAGGAAGUAGCCCGUUAUCUCGAUUGGGUGUCUGUAGCUUGGGGUGAAUUGGCCGGUGCCAAUCACCUACUGGUCGAUCGCGAGUUGGCGGACACGAUGGAAUUACGUGCCCCUGCCAUCUCCGAUGUCGACCGGGACGUUCUCACUCGUUUGUGCGAUGUACCUCACAAUGGUGGCAAGGACGCGAUAUACGAGAAUAUCCGAAGGGCCAACGACAGAAUUCCCACACUGCACUCGCUCUUUCAGGAUCUGAAAUACCUCGAGGCAGUGGCCGGCCCGAUGAAACUCUUAGCCGGUCCCACAAAACUAACUGUACGACAAUCUUUCGAGCGUAUGUUCGUUGGCGAUCAGCAUGCAUUCGAGGAAUCUUACUGGGAGUUAUGGUUAUUUAGCAUGAUAAACUUUCAUAAGUUGUCCACCGCUAUCACGCUCCGAAAGAACGCCAAUCGUCCCAAGCCAAUAUGCGAACAAAAUCUUCAUAUUCUGGCAGAAUUUGCGCGGAUUGCUGAUGAGCUUGGGUUCAGCUCCGGUCAAAUCGACAAGUACAUAGAAUCAACCCCCGAAAUCAUUGUCGCGCGAGAGUUCUUUUCGAAGUUUAGGCCUCGUGAUGUGUACGUGUACGAUAACGGAGUCUUUGAGGAGGAAAUCCGGAAUCUCAGUGAAAGCUUGUGCAGGUUUCAAAAACGUGCCCCGUCUACAAGGAAGCCCGCCCUGACCGGCGAAAAUCCGGUGGAGGUCACAAGGAGAACCGGCCGCCCUUUCGAGAAUGACCAUGAGCGUGAUGCUGACAACUAUACAUUGGAAAACAUGCUUGGGCCCCUGCCCCUAGAGCGAGAUAACGAUAUCACGACGUUCUUUUGCCGAAGAUCAUGGUUCAUCGCGUUCUUUGUGGGAGGUGGCUCUAUAUUCGAACAAAGAGUAUUUGACCUGUCCCGGCGUUCUCAGUCAACUCCCCAAGAUCCAGACCUGCCCCCCCCGAGCGAGGCCGAGUCUCCCCUCUCGGUAGAGGGCCAGCCCCCUCCUGCUCCCGAGGGCCAUCCCCCCCCCACACACGAGGCCGAGUCCACUCCUCCUCCUCCUCCCUCCUCCCCGAAGGGCAAUCUCCUCCGCCCUUGUCACCCGGCCCGGGAAGGAGUCGUAGACGGCCCCGUUCUUCGUCGGAUGGCGCCAACAAAAAAAGGCGGGUUGGGUUGGGGCCCCAUGACGACACAGAAUGGACUAUCUCCGUGUAUUAUCAUACCGCGCCACUUGUAUUAG